AUGGCACCAAAUGGAGGAACAAGGGAGGAGCAAGCAGUACCUCAGGCAGCUACCGAGGAAGGCACUUUGGGGGCCAGUGUCAGAGCCACUUUUGGGGGUCUGGACCUCUUUAAAAGUGAGGUCAAACUGGCUGCACACAAGGAACAGCAAUCCCUUUUCAUGCAAUUUUCAUGCAAUUUCCAUACAAAUUCCCAUGUACUGAAGACCUUGCCUUACAGUCAAAUAUUUCAUCGUACUUGCAACUGGUGCUCCUCAUUGCUUAUCUUCUCCGAGCCUCUUCCUACAUUCGCUCUCUUCUUCGUCCGACCGAGUUCCACGGAAAGGGCUGGAAGAGCGCGGCCGGGGUCUCGCUCCGCUCGCCUCCCCGGGGCAGGCGGCGCCGCUCUGAGGCUGCCCCGCGCGCGCCGCCACGGACAGCGGGCCGGCGGGGGCGGGCGCGGCCGCGCGCAGGGGGCGGGGCGGGGGCGUGGCGUGGCGUGCGGGGGCGGGGCGAGUGGGCGUGGCGGGGCGUGCGGGUGGGCGGGGCGGGACGUGCGGGGGCGGGGCCUGCCUGCGGAGCGCGGCCGGCGAGCGCGUCCCAGCUCGGCGGCUGCUGGCCGAGCCCGCGGCGACCGCGGCGGUGGCCGGAGCCGGACGCUCGCGGGCUCCGACGGGGACACCCGGCGGCGCUGUGCUCGAGGACUCGUGUCUCCCGCCUCGGAGCUCCUCCGGAGAGAGCCAGUGCCCCCAGGGGAGGCCGCUGUCCCAGAACGGCCCCGGAGCGUCUGCCGCCAGAUUGCACCUCGUGGGCGCCGCAAACGCGGAGCGUUUUCCAACGCUUGCCACGUAGGGCGCGCGGGGACGGCGGGGCCCACUUCGUGGGAAGGGGCGACCAGGACAGGGAUGAUGGAUGCGCAGAGCUGGCGCGCGGGCGGCUGCUGGCUGCUCCUUCUGGCCCUCGUUGGGUCUGCUCGGAGCGAGGGCGUGCGGAGCUGCGAAGAAGUUCGGAAACUUUUCCAGUGGCGCCUGGCGGGAGCUGUCAGGGGACCGCCGGAGUCGCCGCGGGCAGGACCUGAUCUACAGGUUUGUGUAUCCAAAAAACCUACCUGUUGCACCAGGAAGAUGGAGGAGAGAUACCAGACUGCAGCUCGCCAAGAUAUGCAGGAAGUUCUUCAGUCAUCCAGCUCCACAUUAAAGUUUCUCAUAUCGCGAAACGCCGCUGCUUUUCAAGAAACCCUGGAAACUCUCAUCAGACAAGCAGAGAAUUACACCAGUAUCCUUUUCUGCAACACCUACAAAAAUAUGGCCGUAGAGGCUACAGCUUCAGUUCAGGAGUUCUUCACGGAUGUGGGGCUCUAUUUGUUUGGCACAGAUGUUAAUCCUGAAGAAUUUGUAAACAGAUUCUUUGACAGUCUUUUCCCUCUGGUCUACAAUCACCUCAUCAGCCCUGGUGUGAGGGACAGUUCCCUGGAAUACUCAGAAUGCAUCCGGAUGGCCCGCCGGGAUGUGAGUCCCUUUGGUAAUGUUCCCCAAAGAGUAGUGGGGCAGAUGGGGAGAUCACUGCUCCCUAGCCGCACAUUUCUGCAGGCACUGAAUCUGGGCAUCGAAGUCAUCAAUACCACAGACCAUCUGCACUUCUCCAAAGAGUGUAGCAGAGCUGUCCUGAGGAUGCAGUACUGCCCUCACUGCCAGGGCCUGACUCUUAGCAAGCCUUGCAUGGGGUACUGCCUGAACGUCAUGAGAGGCUGCCUGGCACACACGGCAGAGCUGAAUCCACACUGGCAUGCCUACAUCCGGUCAUUGGAAGAGCUGUCGGACGCCAUGCAUGGACCAUAUGACAUUGAACACGUUCUCCUGAACUUCCACUUGCUUGUUAAUGAUGCCGUGAUGCAGGCUCACCUCGAUGGACAAAAGUUAUCGGAACAGAUCAGUAAGAUUUGUGGCCGUCCAAUCAGAGCACCUACACAAAGCCCCCAUUGUUCGUUUGAGGGAAGCAAAGAGAAGCAUGGGAUGAAGAUCUCUCCAAGAAAUGGUGAAGAGACACUUGCCAACAGAAGAAAGGAAUUUAUCAACAGCCUUCGACUGUACAGGACGUUCUACGGAGGCCUGGCUGAUGCGCUUUGUGUUAAUGAAUUAGCCGCUGCCGAUGGACAGCCAUGUUGGAACGGGGAAGAUAGAGUGAAAAGCUAUACUCAGCGUGUGGUUGGAAAUGGAAUCAAAGCCCAAUCUGGAAAUCCCGAAGUCAAAGUUAAAGGAACUGAUCCUGUGAUAAAUCAAAUUAUUGAUAAACUGAAGCAUGUUAUUCAGAACAGUGAAGAAAAGGGAAAAAUCGUGCCUGGCCUUCAGCCUUCUGUGAUUCUGACCCCUUUCUCGGGAGAAGCCAUUGUACUAACAUACUUGCCAGGAAUUUUCUACAUUUUAAAGCCUGUGCUGCUGCCGGUAGACAUAUCUUUGGAAAUUACCUGUGAUGAGUACGGUGAGGAAUUUUAUAAAAGGAGAAGUUUUAUAAAAGAAGAAGAGAAGUUCUAA